UUGGCAGCCGUGCCGCCAUAUUUUCUGUUUACAUGCCAAAUGAGUGCAAUUCAAUUGAAUAUAAUUGAAAAUCGUGGAUUUCUCUUCAACACAAAUGAUUACAUGACACUUCGGACGGAGCACAGAAUUGUGGGAACCUUGAUUGGAUGCAAUGUAAACAAUCCCAGAAGCAAUGCAAUUGGCGGUUUACCGGCGGUUUUCUCUGAGAUCGAGGUGAGAUUUCUGGUGGAGAAGGGCUUGGUGUCGCUGAGGAGGAACUCAGGAUUGCGUGCACCGCCAGCGCCAGAGUGUGUCCAGCAAUACAGGAGUUUUCUGGAUGCGCAGCUUCAGGAUCAAAGGAGAAUCUUGAAGAAGAGGAAAGUCGGAGAAUUGGAGGAGAAUCUCGAGAAAAUAAUGUCAGGACAGCGACAGAAGCUUCUCAAAUCUGGUGUGAAAGAGGCAGAUGUUGUUUUGGACAGGGAAAAAAUCCUCCAGGACAAGAUAAAUGAGAUUCCUGAACUGAGCAGAGAGAAUCUCCUUGUGCAGAUUCCCACAGAGCACAUGUUCCGCGGAAGUGAGGAAGAAAGCGUGAUUCUGCCGCCCUUUAGCAGGAUGGAUGAGCUCAAGUACAAAGUGUUCAGCAGUUUGUGGGAAAAGGGAGUUUUCGUCACGUCCGGAUCGACAUUUGGCGGCGAUUUUCUCAUCUAUCCCAGCGAUCCUCUUCUCGUUCACGCAUCUCACGUUGUUCAUGUUCUGGAGGACAGUGAAGUGGAUUCCAGGAAAUUCGUCGCGUGCAACAGAUUGUGCGUGGGAGUGAAGAAAUCCUGCAUGUUUGCAUACGAAGACACUUCCGGAAAGAUAAUUUACCUGACUUCGCAGUUUAUAACGUAACACGGAUUAAAUAAAAA